AUGCAUGCUCUCGUCAUAUCUGACCAUCACAAGUAUCUGGUUGAUGAUUUAACAAACAAGAUGGAGGAACUCUCUUAUCUGUUCUUACUUUUGGAGAAUUUGGCAUUAAAAGGAAAAGCUGUACAGUCAUCCAUAUAUUCCACUUGGGGAGCUUCAAACGCCAUCGACGGCAUCAGAUACGCUCCAGGUCCAGGCUCAACCUGCUCCCACACAGAUAACGAGCUCAACCCGUGGUGGAGGCUGGACCUGCUGGAUUCUUACCACAUUUACAACGUGACCAUCACCAACAGAGCCGACUGCUGUCCGGAGCAAACGACUGGAGUAGAGAUCCGCAUCGGAAACUCUCUGGAAAACAACGGCAACAACAAUCCCAGAUGUGGUGUCACUUCACUUGUUCCAGCAGGCAGUUCUGUCAGUUUCUUUUGUGGUGGAAUGGAAGGUCGUUAUGUGAACAUGUACAUUCCUGGCAUCCAGAGAAAUCUCGUGCUGUGUGAGGUGGAGGUUUAUGGAACAGGCUUACAGGAAAUGUCUAUAAACAUCAUGAAUAAUGUCCUGGCAGAAAGUUAG